CCUUAUAUUUAGUUCUUCAUUCUAUUCUCGUUGUUAUAGUAAUCUGCAAGCAUUCUUCUUCCCGGGAAAAUCAGUCAUUCCAUUUUUCUGCCGGGAACCUAGGUGCCCCAAUUCCCCAUAAUCCCCUGGCCGAUCAAUUUUGUUAAAACCAGCAAACGAAACCCUAGAAGAAGAUGGCAGAGAAAUUGGCCCCUGAGAAGCGCCAUAGCUUCACCCACAACGGGCAAAAGGUGUUUGAGUGGGAUCAAACGCUUGAAGAAGUUAACAUUUACAUCCCACUUCCAGCAAAUGUUCCUAAGAAGCUAUUUUACAGCAAGAUUGAAUCUAAACAUUUGGAAGUUGGGAUCAAAGGCAACCCUCCUUAUCUUAAUCAUGAUCUUACUAACCCAGUGAAGACUGAUUGUUCAUUUUGGACUCUAGAGGAUGACACAAUGCACAUAACUCUGCAGAAAAGGGAUAUAGGUCAGACAUGGCCUUCUCCAAUAAUGGGACAAGGCCAGUUGGAUCCUUACGCCACAGACAUGGAACAGAAACGCCUUAUGCUUCAGAGAUUUCAAGAGGAGAACCCUGGCUUUGACUUCUCACAAGCUCAGUUCAGUGGGAGUUGUCCGGACCCAAGAACCUUCAUGGGUGGAAUACGCUCAAGUUGACGAUGCUUGGCUCUGUCAAUAUUUAGUAUUUGGUAUUGACGUAGUAUGAAACCGAUAUCUCCUACAGAUUGUAAACUAAUAUGUAUCCGUACUUUAUGUCCCUGGUCGGGAUUUCUGUUCUCUAUUGUCGCAGGCUGCUCAUACUUUCUUCUGUAUCGCCCCAUCCCACCAAUACUACCAUGUCCCCCAUCUCAAUUCCGUAUAUGUCAGUAUUCAUUCGAUCAACUA